CGUACCCGGCUGGAUUCUGCCGUAGCGGCCGCACAGAGAGGAGGGUUGUAAGGCCAACGGUUCUACGUACAGGGUUGAGACAAAGUAUCGGAGUGCAAAAAAAAUCGAUCAAGACCAGUGUGGACUUCCGAGAAGUGAGUUAAACGGUAGUCAUCAAGGUGUAGAGGAAAGAGAUUAGAGCACCGGUCGCGAUCGCGAGUGGGUCCCGUUCUCCAGACUCCGGCGUGUCGAGGUGUUCUCGAGGGUGGCAUAGGCCCGUCCCGAAGCAUGGUGAACAUGGAAGGGUCCAACGAGCAGCACACAGUGACAGCCUCGCCCCCGCCGCCCCGUGCCGCUCUGAAGAGCAACUUCAGCAUCCGCAGCAUCCUUCCCGAGGCCUGUGCGGGUACCCCAGCUCCCUCGGUGAACCAGUCCAUGAGUCCGGAUGGCGGACACGGGGACGACAGUGAUGAGUCCAGCGACUUGGACGUAACCGGAGAUGGUGCCGACACCCCUCCCCUGGACUGCUCCAGGAACGCGUCCUCCAGCCCGGUGCAGAGGGACUCCAGGGAGCAGCAGAGCGAGGAGAAGAAGAAGUCCGAGAAGCCGCCCUACAGCUACAACGCCCUGAUCAUGAUGGCCAUUCGGCAGAGCCCCGAGAAGCGGCUCACCCUGAACGGGAUCUAUGAGUACAUCAUGAGGCACUUCCCCUACUACGAGAACAACAAGCAGGGCUGGCAGAACUCGAUCAGGCACAACCUCUCAUUGAACAAGUGCUUCGUGAAGGUGCCGCGCCACUACGACGACCCGGGAAAAGGCAACUACUGGAUGCUGGACCCCAGCUCCGAGGACGUCUUCAUCGGCGGGACCACGGGGAAACUCAGGAGGAGAACCACCGCAGCUUCCAGGUCCAGACUGGCGGCCUUCAAGAGGAGCGUGGUUCUCGGCGGGCUGUAUCCGACUCCGUACCCUCCUCCAGGGUGGCCGGCGUCGUUGUACACGUUCCCUUAUCUGCAGCGAGCUGGGUAUCCCCCGACUACGAGUCCUUAUCCGACUCCUGCGGGAUACCCGGCCAGUCUGCUCCCAGGUGCCGGGACCGCUACCGCGAGUCUACCCUGCAAGCCUCAGCCUUUACCGGCGUCCGUGGCACCUCCGGCUCAUGGAGCCUUCUCCAUGGAAAGACUACUGCAGGCUCCACCAGGGUAUCCUUCGGGAAUCACCGCUCCGGGGAUCCCGGCUCCCGGGAACCCCUACGACUUUUACACCACGCUCAGGUCCCUGGCGGCGCAUCAGCACCAGGGUCUCUUCAACCAGCAGCCGAGAUACCACCUGAACCAGGCGCCCAUCCUCAGCCAGCCACCGUCCAGCACGACGUCCCCGGGGAGCAGUCCGGAGCCCAUGUCUCCACACUCUCCCCCAACGUCGAUCUGCAAUCCCGUCCAGCAGAGACCCCUUCCGCACAGCCCACCGCAGCUGCUGCUGAAACCCAUCACCGUCCUCACCGGGAGACACAGCUGAAGCGACGACUCUCCGUCCUGGAUAACCGGGUCUGGAUCUUCCUAGGUACCGGCUCUGGAUCCUAAGACGCGACCACUGGAUGUAUCGCCUGGUGCUCGAUCAACCCAGGAACUCGUGAUUUGCAAUUGGUUUCUCGAUGGUUCCAACUUGAGAGCAUCCGUGCCAACUUGGGCCAUGGCUUCGAUGGUACGAUCUCUCGACGAGGGUCUGGACCUAACCUUGGGCCGUUGGGGUCCUGUCGAUGGACGCUCAUCUUAGGUAGAUAGUAGAUACGAUAAUAUAUACAUAUAUCUAUACAUAACAUGUAUAUGAAUUAAUGUAUAGCACGUAGGACGAUGCGUUAUGGUGUAGCCGACUGUGGAACCCUGUCGCAAGGGGUGUAAAACCUGCGAUGACGACUCUACCAAAUAUUCGGGGGCUUUUGAGCCUCUGGAAUGAUAUAUUGUGUAUAUAGGCGUAGGAUUUUAAGUAAGUGAUCUCUGACGGCGGGACUAGGUGAAUUCUUGUAGAUAGAUUUGAGACUCGGGAUGAACCAUGAGAGCUUUACGGUGUCCCCGUCGGGUCGAGGUUCGAGGUUCGAUCGUUAUUCUGCUUGUCCUUUGUAAAUACUCGAUCGGGACCUCUAACGACAAUGUUAUCGAUAUGAAUCGAAGGAACUUUGGCGACCUCGGCGAGGAUGUGUAUGUCAGUAGAAAUAAAUGUUCA